UCGAUAAGACCGAACAGCUGAUUCUCCACGCAGAGCACUCGAUAUUUACAACAAAACUUGUCAACAUGACGGAGGAACUGUCAGGUGUGACUAUCGUGAUAUUCAUCGCAACGGGAGUCUUAACGAUGUUAUUGUUGUUCAUAUUUGCAAAGAGACAGAUAAUGAGAUUUGCACUGAGAUCUCGGAGGGGGCCUCACAUUGCUAUUGGACAUGACGCUAAAAAGUCGUUGAAGAGAGAAAUCCAGAGAAGAAUUGAAGUCAUACCUAGGAUUCAAUAUGAGCCUCAACUCAUCAGUGACCCCAGGUAUAUUAUGGAGCCUGGGAGUCAAGUACCACCUCAUUAUUACAGGCUCAAGGCUGUGGAUGAUGUCAAAGCUCUUGAAUCAGAAAUCACAAAAUACGACAAUUGCCUGAAACGCCAUGCAAGUGAGAAUCUCCGUGCGUAUCUCCUCACGACACUAGCCGCCCCCUUGAACGGAAGUGGACAAAGAAUGAUUCACCAGUUCUGCGAUUUCUACGAACACGCCCGUCAUGAUCCAACGGAAUUCACCGAUGAGGAGUAUCAAGCUUACUCCCGACUACACCUCAAACUGAUGGACGCAGCGAGACUUUUGAAAUCGUACCCCAGCAGCAGAAAGUCGAGCCCCAGUCGCACCCCAAUAAAGAAGAAUGUGGAAACGAAGAGAAAUAUUUUGGAGCCGAAGAUGCGACCGCCUGAGGAGCAGAUCCUGAGUGGAUCUCGUCCCAGUACACUGACCGUCAUGGCAUUGGAUAAUACCGAAACGACCGUCUAGCAUUAUGAGAAUCGUCACAUUCAGCACAUGUGACGAGGGAAUGAUUAUUUAUUGAAUUUUAUUUGAAAGACCGUACGGGGGCCAUCGUUGUGGGAUACGCAGACACUGUGAGCCAUAAUGUUGCAUAAUUCGGAAGAAGAAUUUUCACUGUAGAGGCCGAACAUUGAAGACAAGAGUUUAGAAUGAAAUUUUUUGAAUUAUUCUUUCAGGAUAUCCAAGUAUUUUUCACAGUUUGGUACUGACCACACUGUCAACUCGACCAUUUUCCAUCAUUGAAUUCGUCAAUUAAAUUAUGUGAGCAAAAAUUGAAAACAAUCAUGAAUGUUCAGUGUCAUUCAAAUUA